AUGAAGUGUUAGGUGUGCAGUAUUAUGCAACUAGAGAUCAAAUCGUUAAAGCCUACAAGAAUGUAACCAUUUCGCAAUCCCUUAGAUCCAUUGAUAUAGAUAGCUCUCAAGCUUCAUCCAGAUAAGAAUAGAUCACCAAUUUCAACAGAUGCGUUUAACAAACUUAACCAGGUGUAUAGAUGUUUGUCCAACCAAUACAAGAGGGAUUCUUCUGAUGAAAAAGAUAAGGAUGAUGAGGUAAUAGACACUAUGGGAUUAGCGAAUAAAAAGCAUGAUAUCUACAACAUAUUCUAUGGAGAAAACUACAGGAAAAAGAAAACCAAAGAUGGACCUAUUAGAAGAUACAUAGGCAAAAUGAAAGCAAUUGAAUGGAAAUAAGAUGAUUCUAAGCAAUUGUCUAGAGUAUAUGAUGAGAAUAAAGUAGUCAAUAUCAUUAAGAAUAGCUAUGGUGAGAAGUAUAUUUUCGUACAGGAUGCUAUCCCAGAGUAAAAGAUGCUAAGUGAUCCAGUCAUUUUCAGAUACAGAUUAGAAAAAGCAGGCUACUUCCAGCAUGAAUUUGUGAGUCCCAAGCUAGGCUUAACCUACUAUAUUGAUAAUGAAAGCCUAGUGACACUUUAAUCAAAAAAAGAAGCUUACAAUUAAGAAAAUCCAUAUGAGGGAGAAGAGAAAUAUCCACCUUACAAUGGCAGAAAUUUCACCCAAGAAAUAGAAGAACAGACGAGAGUUUAUUUCUUAGUUAAAAUUGAAUUGAGAAAGACAGAAGACAAAAUGACCCUGAGAGAAAGAAUAUUUUAUUGGAAUUGA